AGCCGAACUUGACCGCGCACAUGCCCGCCGCCGCCCUCAACGCCGGAAGUGUCCACUCACCGUAUACUAGUAUAGCGACAUCCUCCCAGUAUCGCCAGCUGCUGAGUGACUAUGGGCCACCAUCACUAGGCUACACCCAGGGAACUGGAAAUAGCCAGGUGCCUCAAAGUAAAUAUGCAGAGCUGCUGGCCAUCAUUGAAGAGUUGGGGAAAGAGACCAGACCCACGUAUGCAGGGAGCAAGAGCGCCAUGGAGAGACUAAAACGAGGCAUCAUUCAUGCCCGAAGCCUGGUUCAGGAGUGCGUGGCCGAAACGGAACGUAAUGCCAGGUCCUAG